UGCAAACACUGUGCUCCUGACAGUUACUAUUACCUUAUGUUAGAACCAGAAACUGGUCAUAACAGGACAUAAUAUUGAUUUAUUUACAUUUUAUUUUUUAUUUUUUUUUGCUUUUUGUUAAGAUGAUCAUGACUGAAAACAGAUUCAUCGUGAUGCUUUUGAUCUCAGGAUUUUGCUCCUUCACACUGGGAUCUUCAGAUUUUCACCUUAUUAACAUUUCAAAGACCUACGAAGAAGCAAAGACCUAUUGCAGAGAGAUGUACACUGAUUUAGCUACAGUUCAUAACUCAACAGAUAUGAAUAGAUUGGUCACAUUCAUUUCGGAUGCCGUUGCCAGAGCUUGGAUAGGACUGGAGACUGGAGAUGUGUGGAUGUGGCACUGGUCGUGGCCUGAUCAAAAACUGGAUUUUUUUAACUGGAAGGCAGGAGAACCUCAAAAUAAGAAUCAAGAUGCGUGUGCAGCAAUGGAUCAACACGGCAAGUGGUUUGAAAGUGACUGUGGAACUAGUAGAAGUUUUGUUUGUCAUGGCAACAGUGAUACCAGUGGUCACAUUUUUGUUGCUGAGACCAAAUCAUGGAGGGACGCUCAGAAUCAUUGCAGGGGCUUAUCGUCUGAUCUGGUCAGCAUACACUUGGCAAAAGAGAAUGAGGCUGUACAAAAUGUGUCAGCGUCACAAAAUGUGUGGAUUGGCCUCUUCAAAGAUCCCUGGAAGUGGUCUGAUGGGAGCAACUCAUCAUUCCGUGACUGGAAACCCUUCCAGCCUAACUACCUUGAAGGUCAGAAUUGUGUUGCUGCUGUAUUCAAGGGUCAAGGGAAGUGGAAUGACCUAAAAUGCAGUGGCAAACGCCGUUUUGUUUGUCGUGGGGCAAAUAAAUCCAUUCCAACCACCGACCAAGUAAAUAUGACAACUCUUCCAAACACAUCUCAAGAGGUCAUAAUAACAUAUCACUUUACUGUGGUUUCUACCAAUCAUUCAAACACUAUAAAUGUUACCACCACUGAAGCAACAACUGCCAAUGAAGUGACAACACCAAAUACCACAGAUAUUGUGUUAAGUACCUCAAGCACUGAGCUCAACAAUGCAACUGCAGAACUAUCAACUGUGACAACAACGCAGAUAACUUCCACAACUACUGUACACACAACAACAGAUGGCGCCUCUGCAUUAACAACACUGAAUGAGACUCUAAAGCCCACUGAAAUGGCUCUAGGAAAUCUGAUACUAAUCCAGGAAAACAUGACAUGGAUUGAAGCUAUGAGUUACUGCAGGGAGCACCAUAUUGACCUUGUCCACAUUACCACCAAAGACAUUCAGGAGAAGGUGGCUGUAAAGGCAAAGAACGCUACCUCUCCCCACGUCUGGCUAGGUCUACGCUACACUUGUAAUUUUAACUUUUGGUUCUGGACCAGUUCAACUACUGCCUGUUACCUGAACUGGGCACCGGGACAAGGAUCAGAGGGGAAAUAUGACUGUGGUGUUACAGGUGCCAUUGAGGCCACUGGGAGGCAGCAGUGGGUAGGCUUGCCUGAGACAGAAAAACUGAACUUCAUCUGCUCUGCAUGUGCUGGAUGAGUGCAGACGGCCGGUGACACUUAAGAGAAGGAAUAAUUUUUAUAUGUGUGCUAGUUAUACAAGCUUUGCUGUUUCACAAUGAUAUGUUUGCAACUGCUAAUUUAAUGUUUUUGACAUAAAUUGUAACAUAAAGCUGAUGGACUUCAGCAGAAAUAUGGGUAUUUCAACGCUCCCUUAUGACGUCAUACUUCUACCUUUGUUGAAAUACAGCUGCCUUCUCUAUUGUUCAGAUUGAAUUUCAUUAAAUAUGAAAACCUCAUGUGGUGUGUAGGCGUGCACAUUCACAGUCAUGGGCAGCAAGAGUAAUGUGAGAACAUUGAUCUGCUCUAUGCUUUUCACUCAGGGGUUACUAUUUGCAUGUUGACCCCCUGGGUUGGGCCCCCAAGACUGUCUUUUUCAGACCACCAGAGUAUGGCCCCAAUCCAGACUGCCUGCUGCCCUCACUGACCUGACCUUCACUAGCGGCAGCAUGGAAGACAGAGCUCACAGACGCUCACCUUCCUGUCUGCACCCUUGAGGUGCAUGGAGCAUCUAUAACCAUGGGAACUGGAAAUGAUACAACAUAUUCAUUGAUCAAAAACAAACUGUAUUUCAUCGAUCUCAAACUGUAUGACAUAAAUGCAACAGUGAAUCGACUGUUUUAACUGUUAUCAGACAGCUUGUUCCAUAGAACCAGUCUUUGGAUGAAAAUCAUAUGUUGCUUGUGUAUUUUUUUUUUUUUUUUUUACUUUUCACAACACAGUAAAAUCCUGCUUUCUUUUUGAAAUUAAUAUCUCCUGAUAAAUGUUCGAAUGGGCUUUAAUUGUCAGUUGGUACAUUUUAAAGUCCAAGAUCUCUAUGAGUUGAAAAAAGAAACUGUGUUAAGAAUGGAGGAAAUAUAUUGUGUUUAAUACUGUAAGUAAUUAUAACUGUCAGUUAAAACUAUUGGAAAACAAAUGGUGAUACUGGAUGCAUACUGAAGUGAGUCCUUAAAUCACAAAAUGAAUAAAAUUAUACGUAACUACA